GCUCUGCACCAGAAUUCGUAGAGGCUCCAAUGAACCAAAGUGUCACGAUCAAUUCCACUGCAACUUUUCACUGCGCUGCUAAGGGUCUCCCACUGCCAACAAUCCACUGGAUAAAGGACAAUAAGUCGCAUCACAUACAAUCCAACCAUACACAUGUAGCACGUGCUGUUCAAGACGACAUAAACAAUAGCAGCCUUGAAAUAACAAAAGCACAGAAGAAUGGAAGAUAUCAGUGCAUUGCAGAGAACGUCGUUGGUGUAAAAGAAUCAGGAGUUGCCUUCCUAAUUCCAAAGAAUUUAGAAAAGCUGGAAGACCCAAAAAACAAAAGCCAUUCAGCUGGUGCCACUGCAAUUUUCAGCUGCAAUGCCACUGCUCAUUCAAAGCCAAAUAUGACAUGGAUCAAGAAUAAUCCAAGGUUAAAGGCCAUCGUAACUUCAGAUGCUACAGAAUGCAAUAGCAUACAAAGCAUAAAGUUUAUAAACGAGAAGAUGGAAGUUGAAGGCACAUAUCAAUGCCACACAAAAUACCCUUUGAAAACUGGAAAGAGGAAGCCAAAAUUGGCUCCCUUACACACAGAGGAAGUGUUGUAA